AUGGCUAAAGUAUUUCAAAAAUGUCACAUCAUUGUUUGGGAUGAAUGCACAAUGACACAUAAGUAUUCAUUGAAAGCAUUAAAUCGAAUACUUAAAGAUUUAAAUGCCAACGAUAGACUUUUUGGAGGCGCUUUAAUUUUAUUGGCAGGUGAUUUUAGACAAAGAUUGCCAGUUAUUCCACGUUCAACCUAUGCUGAUGAAAUCAAUACUUGCCUUAAAUCAUCUAUUUUGUGGCGAAGUGUCCAUAUAUUGCGAAUUACCGAAAACAUGCCUGUUGGACUACAGAGAGAUUUAGCUGCAGAACUGUUUGCCAAACAAUUGCUGGAUAUUGUUAAUGGAAACGUAAGUCUUCAAGAAAAUACGCACUUUAUUAAAUUGCCAGAAAAUAUUUGUAAAAUUGUUAAUUCGAAAGAGGAAUUAAUAGAAAGCGUAUUUCCUCAUAUAUAUCAAAAUGAUCAGAACCAUCAAUGGCUUCAAAGUAGAGCGAUUCUGGCUGCCAAGAACUUGGCUAUGCUACCUGGUAAUUUAAUUUCGUUAAAAUCCAUCGACACAGUGGUAGAUGAAAACGAGAUUGUGAAUUAUCCCACUGAGUUCUUAAAUUGGCUUGAUUUGCCAGGACUACCACCACAAAAUUCAGUUUUAAAAGUUGGUUCACCAAUCAUUUUAUUACACAAUCUAAACCUACCAAAAUUAUGUAAUGGAACAAGAUUAGUAAUUAAAAGAAUUAUGGGAACUUAA